AUGUCAAUCGGACAGAUCUUUGACGACGUGCAACGAUCCAGCGUCGGUCACAAAUCCCUCAUCAAGCGACUCAAGCGCCUCGAAGGCAUCCCCGAAUUCGAUGAGGAUAUCAAACAAUGCAUAUUCCGCCUGCUGGAAGUCGCCAAAGCAGAGGCGGCAGGCAACAGACUUGUCAAGUUCUUGACACUGUACAUGCAAGACGCAGACGCGUCAAGUCCCACCACGUCCGCCAUCUUGCUUGCAUUGCUACCGUACCUCAGUGCCAAGGACAAAACCGCGCGAUAUCGCGCAACCCAAAUCGUGUCGCAGAUCCUGGGUGUGCUCAGCGCCAUCGACGAUGAGCUCUAUGGCGCCAUCCGAAAUGAGCUCAUACGCAGACUCCACGACAAGGUGCCUGCGAUUCGACUGGAAGCGGUCACAGCGCUUGGUCGCUUGGUAGAAAGUGAAAUGGACGAUAAUCCGGAUGAGAAGGACUCAGAUUCGGAUUCCGAUUAUGAGGCAGGCCUUCUAGAAAAGCUGCUGGACGUGCUACAGAACGACUCGAAUGCUGAUGUGCGAAGAGCGCUGUUAUUAAAUCUGCCGAUCACGCCAACAACCUUGCCUUACCUGCUCGAGCGCGCUCGCGACCGAGAUGCGCCGACAAGAAGAGCAUUGUAUUCGCGCCUGCUGCCAAAGUUGGGCGACUUCAGACAUCUGUCCCUCUCAAUGCGCGAAAAACUACUGCGAUGGGGUCUGCGAGACCGUGAUGAGAAGGUCAGACAAGCCACAGCGCGCCUAUUCAGCGAACGAUGGAUAGAGGACUGUGCCAAUACUAAAGAUCACGCCAAUGAGACACAACUUGAUGGCGAACAACAAUCAGAGCAGCCAGAGAAGCCCAUAGCCGAAGCCAGCAUACCAGCGCUGCUUGAACUGCUAGAACGAAUCGACAUCAUGAAUUCCGGAGCAGAACAUGGCGUUGGGCUUGACGCAAUGAGGGAAUUCUGGGCCAGUAGACCCGACUAUGUCGACGCCGUUAAUUUCGAAGACGACUUCUGGGAUAACUUGACUGCGGAAUCGGCCUUUAUGGCGCGUACCUUCAUCGAAUGCUGCCAGCAAGACCCAGCAACCCAAGCAAAACUCGAAGACAAAAUGCCAGAGGUCACGAGGAUAGGCUUCUACCUGCAAAAGAAUCUGAACAACCUCCUCGACACAAUCCGUGCCAUCAACGACGGCACCCGACCCGACGAUGACCAAGUCGACCAAGAAUUCAUCGUCGAACAACUACUCCACAUCGCCCACCACCUCGACUACACCGACGAGAUCGGCCGCCGAAAGAUGUUCUCCCUCCUCCGUGACGCCAUCUCCGUCGCCGAACUGCCCGAAGAAUCCACCCGCCUCGCAGUCGAAGCCCUCCGCUUGGUCUGCAACGCUGACGCAGCCGGCGAGCGCGAGUUCACCGCCGUCAUCCUCGAAGCUAUCGCCGAAGUCCACGACACCAUCACUCCCUCCGAGCCCGAAGUGCCCGACAACGAAGAGGACUCCUUCGUCAGCGCCCGCUCAGAAGUCUCCUCCGAGCCCGCCUCGGACACGACACCUACAAGGACCAAUCCUAACGCCGCAAACGUGCCCAAACAACGCAAAGCCUCCUCCGGCAAACCCAAGCCCACGACGGAAGAAGAGGAAGCCAAAGCUCUAAAGGAGAUAGUCAUCAACCUGAAAUGCCUCCACAUCGCGCAGUCCAUGCUGCAAAACGUCACGGGCAACCUCCAGUCCAACAUCCACCUAGAAUCCCUCCUUAACAACCUCGUCAUCCCCGCUGUCCGCAGCUACGAGAUCCCCGUGCGCGAGCGCGGCGUGCUGUGUUUGGGUCUGUGCUGCAUGCUCGAACCCAAAUUGGCAGAAGAGAACGCGCCAUUAUUUGUGCACUGUCUCGCAAGAGGCAACGAGGGUUUGCAGGUUAUGUGUGUGAAGAUAUUAUGUGAUGUAUUGCUGAGUCGUGGUCGCAGUAGUGCGAGCGAAGAUGCAGCGCUGGAUCUGGCACCAUUCGUAAAAGGCUUACGCAGCGAGUAUGGCGAGGUGCAGAGCACGGCGGCGGGAAGUUUGGGGAAGUUAAUGCUGUGUGGGUUCUACAGUGGGAAUGAGGCGGUGUUUGAUGAGGCUUGUGAGGUUGCGAUCGGGGAAAAUGCAAAGGGCGCAGAGUUACUGAGUAAGGUGAGGGCUGCGGUGCAGGUCGAAGCCGCGCAAGAGGCCGCUGUGGUGGCAGGUGCGGAUGGUGAUGCUGGCGCUGCUGUUGCUGCUCCUGAGAAGCGGCAGAAGUCGAGCAGCAAGCGGGUGUCUGCCGAGUCAAGGGUCGAGUGA